ACACCCCACCAAAAAAAAACCCAUUCGUUAAGAAAAAAACUGCCAUUGCUAAUUAAAAUAUCAAAUAACAAAACUCGUGCUUUCCCAAAGACUUGUUUCCCAUGGUGAGGUGGGGAUUGCACUUUUAUCCCUAACAGAAUACACAAGGAAGCUUCAAUUUUAUCCUUUGAUUGCACUUUCAUCCCGAACUGAAUACACAAGGAAGCUUCAAUUUUAUCCUUCUGUCACUGAAUGCACUCACCAAUAACGUUGCAAUUGUAGUGCACCCCUCGUUUAUCAUCAACUACAUCAAAUAUGACACGUUCCUUAACAUGGUUACCGUACUUCCUGGCAAGGCUGGAGGUGACAGUGACGGUGCUGCUGUGUGUGGGAGGAGCAUCAGCAGCCUCGGUUUGCUCGGCAAAAGGAGCAAGAUUGCAAGCACGCGGAAAAGCUGUAUUAGUGCAUUGGAACCUUUCAUUAGCGCGUCGGAACUUUUUGUUAGCGUUUCUGGUACACUAUUUAGCGCAUGUAUCGCGUGUAAGGAAAUUGAGUGAUAGUCCUCAACAUAGCUAUGGAAGAGAAGGAUUUGUACAUGUAACUGUUGCAGGUGCUGUGUUACAUGGAAUGACAGAGGUAGAAGUUUGGCUUCAAACAUUUGCACCUAGUUCCCAAACUCCAAUUCAUAGACAUUUAUGUGAAGAGGUAUUUGUGGUGAUGAAAGGCAAUGGAACACUUCUUUUAGCAUCAGAUUCAGAAAAGCAUUAUCCUGGAAAGCCUGAACAAUUUGCAGUGGUGGCUAAUAGCACGUUCACUAUCCCCAUGAAUGCUGCACACCAGGUAUGGAAUUCACAUCCAGAAGAAGACUUGCAACUUUUGGUCAUCAUAUCUCGCCCUCCUAUCAAAGCCCGUAUGCAUAUUGGGGGUCUUAAAAAAGGGCCGUAUCCAUAUCCAAUACUUACGGAUACCGUAUCCGUGUCCAUGCAAUUUUGGGUCAAACUGUUGUUGGCUCUUGAAGGAUGACUUCAUAGGGGAAUAUGUCAAUAAUUCCUAUUAGGCAUGCGAGCAUGAUAUGGCAGAAAAUCGUGGAAUAAAGGAGCUUGUUUGAUCGUUAAUGUCAGACCAGCUUAUCUUGGCAUCUAAAUUUCCCCUUGGUGCUGGGUGAAUUGGGUAUAGCAAGUGGGGUGUUCAAAUACUGGCCCUUGAUAGACGUCUAGGGCAUUAAAGACAACUAUAUUGGAGUUGUGUGUAGGUUUAGAUUUUGGUUGUGAUACUCCUUGCUUGGUGUGGAUAUCUUUGGUUAGUAAACAUUGUCCUUUGGGUGGCGUGACAGAUAUUGUAGAUCUGAUUAUUGUUUAAGGCAGUGAUUUGUGUUUCUCUUUGUGCAUUCAAGACUUUGACAUAAUUUUUUAUUGAGCUGAGUGUUUCGUGGGA